AUGGGCCUCAUCAAAUCUCUGGUCAUUGACGGCGUGAAAAAGCGUUACAGCCCCGGAAACAUUGUCACGACCCUCCUCGAAUGCUGCAUUCGAUUCUUGCAGUUUGUCUUCGGUAUUGCCGUGAUCGGCCUGUACGCGCAAGACGUGAACCAUGCCAGGAAAGCUGGGCUUCCCAUGGGUUCUGUUUCAAAAUGGAUUUACGCGACAGUUGUUGGGUCACUCUCCUCCAUUGCCGCGAUCAUCUACAUCCUCCUCCCUUGUGCUGCUCAAAGACCGCUAUCCAGCUUCCGCAUCCUCCAACUCCCCUGCCUAGCCUUCGACUCUCUCAUGUUCAUCCUGUGGCUCGUGGUAUUUGGCAUCUUCGCCAAAAUGUACGUCUCAGUCGAUGAUAAAAAGGACCCAAGUUUGAAGAGAAUGCACCACGCCGUGUGGGUGGACCUGGUCAACCUGUCAUUCUGGACAAUCACGGCGGUUUGGUGUGGACUGAGAUGGUGGAGAGGCGAUAGGGCAGCGAAGCAAGAGGUGAAAAACGAGCAGUUUGCGGCCGAGGAAGGGGAAAUGCGCGAAGUUCGUUAG